UGUAGUAGCGAACGAGCACGCGUUUGCGGCAGGCCGAUCGUCAACAAAGCAUCGUAUUUUUCUGCUGAUAUCCUUUGUUAAAUGAGAACUAAACAUGGCCGAUAUUACUGAAAAAGAAUCAGCUGUCAUUACGGAAGCUGAGGCAGCUUUGUAUGAUCGACAGAUUCGCUUGUGGGGUUUGGAAGCACAAAAGAGAUUGCGUGGGACACGUUUCCUCCUGGCAGGCCUGGGUGGACUUGGGGCAGAGGUGUGCAAGAACGUGGUGCUUGCUGGGGUGAAGUCCAUCACACUACUGGACCACUCCUGCGUCAGUGAACUGGAUGCUUGCUCACAAUUCCUCGUCUCCAGAGAAGAUGUCGGGAAAAAUCGAGCACUCGCAUCAGUCGCAAACACCCAAGAGUUGAAUCCCAACGUGCGUGUGACAGCGGACGAGUCUAACAUUACCAGUAAAUCUGAGGAAUACUUCCGACAGUUUGACAUCGUCUGUCUGACGUGCUGCUCGUAUAAGACACUGGACAGGGUGAACAGGAUCUGCCAUGACAUCGGAGUGAAGUUCUUUGCAGGGGAUACGUACGGGUUCUAUGGCUACAUGUUUGCUGAUUUGAACGAGCAUGAUUUUGUUGAGGAAAAGAUCCACUUCAAGAAGGAUCCAGUUAGUGACAAAGACGAUGAACCGCAGCCCAAGAAGCAGUCAUUUCACAAGGAGACUAGCUAUGUCAAGCGAACUCUCAACUUCUGCCGACUCAACAACGCCCUUCAGAAAGACUGGACACAAUUGAGCCCAAAACAGUUGAAGUACAUGCCGAAAGUUUACUUUGUUGUGCAGGCGCUGUGGAAAUUUCAGCAGGAGUUUGGAAGGAAUCCUAGUCCCGACAAACUGGAGAAUGACAAAACAGAAUUGCUGAGACUGAGAGACGAGGUGCUGGAUGAGGCUGGAAUCAAGGCGGAUUUUGUCAGCGAUGACUUUGCUAGUCACUGUGCUGCUGAGCUUAGUCCAGUAUGUGCUGUCGUUGGAGGUGUACUCGGCCAAGAAGUAAUUAAGGCUGCAUCCUGCCGUGACAUCCCUCACAACAAUUUCUUCUUUUUCGACGGCCUGGAGAGUACAGGAAUGGUGGCCUGCAUCAGCGACACAAGUAAAUGAACACCAGUAGUUUCCAUCCCCAGAAUGACAGAUGUCCUCCUUCCCUCGAUGCCUGACGGGUUCAGGCCGUCACCUGCGGGUAGCACAGAAAAAGCACACCCUGAUAUUUCCGGCCUCGCUUGCUGCGAGCAGAUCGCUAACAAAUAUUUCCAGCCUUGCUCGUUGCGUGCUUAUGUGUCAUCUGUUCCGAACACCGCAAAACCUUUGCCUGUAUACACAUCUUCCAACGUGAACUGGUUAAAACAAUUUGCCGGUUUUGCCACAUCUUAAAGGGAAUAUACAACAUUUGCAAACA